CCUGCGGGCGCCGAGCGCUGGGAAGAGGAGGCGGCAGCCCUCUCAGGUGAAAAUUACCAAUUCAGGCCUGCUCAGUGUUGUAUAUAUCACAGAAAGGUAUAAUUGCCAGUAUCCAGAAACCAUUCUAUCCAUCAUCAAAUGUAUGAUUCAUAACUUUUGGACACCAGAGGAGUCUAAUGAUAUAACCAUAAUCAUCCAUCCAUAUGGAGAGACUGUCUGUUUCUCUGUGAAGCCAGCCAGGAAGACAUUUAUCUUUACAAUAAGUGUGAAACAAAACAUUGUGGAUUUCAAACUGUUCUUUGUGUUUGUGGUGGGAAUUCUCCUCUUCUUUUAUGCAAAGACCUUGAGUCAAAGCCCUGCUUUCUUCUACUCUUCGGGGACUGUGCUAGGUGUUCUAAUGACAUUAGUCUUUGUCCUGUUGCUGGUGAAAAAGUUCAUUCAAGGCUACGUAUUGACACUUGGCUGUGUCAGCUUUGCUGUUUGCUACAAGCACGGGCCCCUGGUGGAGGAGAGGAGCGUAGUGCUCCUGGCGUGGCUGCUGCAGCUUCUAUCCCUGCUCCUGGUGUACGCGGAGGUGUCCGUGCCCCAGUUCGCCUACACGGCCGCCCUGCUCCUCAUCCUGUCAUCUGGGAGUCGGCGCUAUCUGCGGAGUGCACUCACCUGUGUCGGGAGGAAAAUGAAGAAAUGGUUUACAUCAGAGAAGCUGGCGGUGAAGUUUCUUACUGAAGACGAAUACAGGGAACAAGCUGAUGCCGACACAACCUGCUCCCUGGAGGAGCUCCGCCAGGCCUGCCGCAGCCCUGGCUUCCCAUCCUGGCUGGCUGUCUCCAGGCUCCAGGAACCGAAAAAGUUUGCAGACUUUGUUCUCGGAGGAAGCCACUUGUCGCCUGAAGAAGUGAGGCUCCAUAAAGAACAAUAUGGCCUUGGGGGUGCCUUCUUGGAAGAGCAGCUCUUUAACCUGAGGACUCAUGACAGUCUGCCUGCACAGUGACUUCAUCCUGGACAAGGAAGAGAGGAUGGGCAGGGAUCCUGUGAAGGGUGGGCAGAACUGUUCCAAGGAACAGUGCCCAAAGCAUUUGCUACAGAGAAACGUCAAACCAUACUGGAA